AUGGCGUUUGGUGACGAGAAGAAGCGGCCCGCCGCUCUGAACCUCAGCCCUAUCCGGAAGUCUUCGACCUCGUCGACCUCGUCGACCUCGUCUCUGAAGAACCCGAGGACUCCUCGCUUCGCCGAGGCCACCUCGAUCCACUCUCCCAUCGAGGACACCGGGAAGAAGCCGUUCGAUGAUGAGAAGGCUUACCGUGCCCAGGCACAGCCUUCCGACAUGGGGUUCGGAUACAUUAAUAACAACGAGGCUACUGCCGUCCCCAUGACCCCGAUGUCGCCGCUCAAGAGUGCGAUGAGGGCACCAGGGAUGCCCGCGCGCAAGAUCGAUAACCCCUUGAGCCCGACCUUCAGGGAGGAGCAGAUCCUGGAGAGGAGGGAAGCAUCGACGGACGUGAUGCAAGCGAAGGAUCUGAAAAUCAAAACCCGAGUGCGCAUGGCCAAGUUUGCGCUCCGCGGAGUCAACUUCAGCUGCAGUCUGAUCAUCCUCGCCAUGAUAUCGACGACCUUCACUAUCUUCAACGCCACCCGGAGCCUGCCGACACAGAACGGCAUGCCCUCCUGGUCGACAACGACGAACCCUUGGCCGCAGAUCCUCGUUCUCACCGUCGCCUGCAUCUCGCUCUGCAUCUGCAUUACCGUCUUCUGGGCCUACUGCCGUGGCGGACACCGACGGGCUGAGAAGGUCGGAGUCUACUACACGCUCUUCGCUGUCGGCUGGUUCAUCUUCAGCAUGAUCAUGUGGGUCAUCGCCGCCGCCGUCUUCCAGAGCCAGCGCAGCAACAGCGGCAACCAGGACAUGUGGGGCUGGUCCUGUGUGCAGAACCACAGGUCGGAGCUUUACGACGACAAGGUCGACUACGCGCUCCUCUGCCGUCUCCAGAACUGGUCCUUUGUCUGCAUCAUAAUCGAAAUCGUGAUUGAGGUCAUCGCCAUCAUCCUCUACAGCAUCGUCUUCUACCGCUACUACUCGAAGCGCAAGCUCCACAAGUCCAUGGACAGCCGCGACAAGGCCCGUUCCGAUCUUUACCUGGCCCAGCUCCGCACCCAGUCUGCGCCCAACACCCCUGGCUUUGGCCCCAAGUCCCCUGCCUUCUCUCAAUACGCCAUGUCCCCACGGUUCCCUCCCCAGGCCUACCGCUCACUCGGCGACAUCGAGGAGGCGUCGCCCUUCACCCCUGGCGGCAGGCCCAUGCCCGAGCCGCAGUCGUCCUUUGGCCCCGCGGCGCCGGCCCAGACCUUCAAGCUCCAGGCGCCGCCAGUCAAGGCCCCAUCAGCCACACCCAAGACGGCACAAAACGGCUUCGACUCACCAGCUUCAUCAACAGCCGGCCCCGCAAGCAGCUUCUACGCACCCGCUGCAGCGCCCGCCGCCGCACCACAAGCACCAGGAGAGGCCCAGUACGACGCUGUGCCGAUCCCCGGCGCAUACGCCGACGCUGUGGUGAAGAGCCCGCCUCCAAACCAGUCCACGUUCAGGUGA